CACCCUAUUCUGGGUGACAGGGAGCCAGCAGAUGCUGCCUGGGGCAGUCGAGUCUUCACCCAGCCUAACUCCUGGAACCCUCAGAAACCAAAGACCAGAGGACUCUCCAUCCACCAGCUGGACACCUCCUCCCCAUUGCCAGCCCCCACCCCCUGGCUGCUCCUGCUCCGGAAAGGCCUGGAGGAAGAGGCCAAGGAAACAGCCCUGCCCACUCUCCCUUGACCCUCCAUCCACCCAGCACCGGCAUCUGAAGACCGCAUGGCCCCGGCUCCCUGGGGCUGCUCCCCCUGGCUUGUCCUCCUCUGUGCUUGUGCCUGGGGCCGCCCAAAGUCACUGGACCUGAGAGAGGAUGUGAGAAACUGUUCAGUCAGCCCUCCGUACCUUCCAGUUACUGUGGUCAAUACCACAGCGCAGCUCACAGCCCUCCGCCAGCAGAUGCACACCCAGAAUGUCUCUGCCUACAUCGUCCCCGACACGGAUGCUCACAUGAGCGAGUACAUCGGCGACUAUGACAAGAGGCGUGCGUGGAUUACAGGCUUUACAGGGUCUGCAGGAAUCGCCGUGGUGACCAUGGGGAAAGCCGCUCUCUGGACCGACAGCCGCUACUGGACCCAGGCUGAGCGGCAGAUGGACUGCAACUGGGGGCUCCAUAAGGAAGUUGGCACCACUCCUGUUGUCACCUGGCUCCUCACAGAGAUUCCUGUUGGAGGGCGUGUGGGCUUCGACCCCUUCCUUUUCUCCAUCAAUUCCUGGGAGAGUUAUAACGUGGCCCUCCGAGACUCUGACAGAGAGCUGGUGUCCAUCACCGUCAACCUUGUGGACCUGCUGUGGGGGUCAGAGAGGCCUCCGGUGCCAAGUGAGCCCAUCUAUGCCCUGCAGGAGGCAUUCACAGGAAGCAGCUGGCAGGAGAAAGUAUCUGGCAUCCGCAGCCAGAUGCAGAAGCAUCGUGAGGCCCCAACUGCCGUGCUUCUGUCCGCACUUGAUGAGACGGCCUGGCUCUUCAACCUUCGCAGCAGUGACAUCCCUUAUAACCCCUUCUUCUAUUCCUACACGCUGCUCACUGACUCCUCCAUCAGGUUAUUUGCAAACAAGAGUCGCUUUAGCUCCGAGACCCUGCAGUACCUGAACUCUGGCUGCACGGGUCCCAUGUGUGUGCAACUCGAAGAUUACGGCCAAGUCCGUGACAGCGUCCAGGCUUACACCUCAGGAGCCGUGAAGAUCUGGAUUGGGACCAGCUACACCUCGUAUGGGCUCUAUGAAGUGAUACCCAAGGAGAAACUCAUAGCAGACACCUACUCCCCGGUGAUGGUAACCAAGGCGGUGAAAAACAGCAAGGAGCAGACCCUCCUCAGGGCCAGCCAUGUGCGGGACGCUGUGGCUGUGAUCCGAUACUUGGUCUGGCUGGAGGAGAACGUGCCCAAAGGCACCGUGGAUGAGUUCUCAGGGGCAGAGCUGCUGGAGAAGUUCCGAGGAGAAGAAGAGUUCUUCUCCGGAUCCAGUUUCGAAACCAUCUCUGCUAGUGGCCUGAAUGCUGCCCUGGCCCAUUACAGCCCCACCAAGGAGUUGCACCGCAAGCUGUCCUCAGAUGAGAUGUACCUGCUGGAUUCCGGGGGACAAUACUGGGACGGGACAACAGACAUCACCAGAACAGUCCACUGGGGCACCCCCUCUGCUUUCCAAAAGGAGGCGUACACCCGCGUGUUGAUAGGAAACAUUGAUCUCUCCAGACUCGUCUUCCCAGCUGCUACAUCAGGGCGAAUGGUGGAGGCCUUUGCCCGCAGAGCCCUGUGGGAUGUUGGCCUCAAUUAUGGUCAUGGGACAGGCCACGGCAUUGGCAACUUCCUGUGUGUGCACGAAUGGCCAGUGGGAUUCCAGUCUGGCAACAUUGCCAUGGCCAAGGGCAUGUUCACUUCCAUCGAACCUGGUUACUAUCAGGAUGGAGAAUUUGGGAUCCGUCUUGAAGAUGUGGCCCUUGUGGUAGAAGCAAAGACCAAGUACCCAGGGACCUACCUGACUUUUGAAGUGGUGUCGUUGGUGCCUUAUGACCGGAACCUCAUCGAUGUCAGCCUGCUGUCCCCCGAGCAGCUCCAGUCCCUGACCCGCUACUACCAGACCAUCCGCGAGAAGGUGGGCCCCGAGCUCCAGCGGCGCCAGCUGCUGGAGGAGUUCUCCUGGCUGCAGCGGCACACGGAGCCCCUGGCCUCCAGGGCAGCGCCCACUGCCUCCUUGGCCCCUCUGAUGACAGUCUCUGCUCUCACCAUCCUCAGCUGGAGUGUCUAG